GGCCCUGCGCAGGCCACCGCCUCCUCCAACGCUGCGACCUGGGUUUUCGCUACCUAGGGUUUUACGGAACCCGUUUUUGCUGCUUCGACCUCUCCAGCUCUCCUCCAAUGGAUUCUUUUGACAAUAGAACUAUGUUUUCUUGUGCCUUUAGGUACAAUCCAGGGCCUGAUUUCGAGGAGAACACGAAGGAUCCGCUUGUUGAUUUUUCCUUGACAGACUCCUCGGAGCUUUGGCUUAUCCAGUGGCCCAUCAAUCAAUUACAACCUGCCGAUUUUAAUGGGAAAGAGAUGACACUCAAAUUACAUAAGGAUGGAAAGCUUGGUGGGUUCGAUACUUCAACUGGGAAGUCAUAUGAUUUGGUGAGCUAUGCUGCUCAUGAGCCAGACGCAACUGUAUUCCUUGCAUCUGGAUCAGAGACGAAAAUAGUUGGGAAGAUUGCAAGGCGUGUAUGUCUAGUUCGUUAUCCGGAACCCAGCGAACUGAAGAAAUCUGAGGGUUCUGCUCGGAGAUCAUACCCUUCCUGUGCCACUUCACUGAGAAAAAAUAGCAGGUCUCAUGGUUCCUUUGCUUCUGCAUAUGAUCCUCAGGUACAAAGCACAGAAAUGUCACACAAGUCCAAGAAGAGAUAUGAGGCAAGAAUAACACCUUCUGAAGCAUCUGCUAAAUCCGCACAACGUUCUUCCCAUGCUUUCGCUCCUGACAAUGAAAAUUCAAAGAAGAAAAAGGUCAAAGUUGAGGAGUAGUUUUAUUUGAAUAUUGCUAAACAAUAGAAAACUUUGUGCUGCUGCUAUUCUCAUGUCUAAGCAGUUGUUUUGAUGUCUGAAAUGGUUCCCAAAUAUGGACAUUUCAUGACCCAUCCUAAGUUUGUUGUUUAUUGCACAUCUAAAUUUGAUUUGGUUGGUAACCUUAGACAGCUUAAUAUUGGAAUUCUUCAUGACAA